GGGAAGGAGAGGAGGGAGGAGAGGCAGUGCUCAGAAGGGUGUGUUUUAUGUACCACUGCAGCAUCAGUGCUAGAAAGACACGAGAAAAUCACGACUCAGUGAACAGGAAACAGAAUAAAGAAGAAGAAGCAGAAGAGCGUGACCAGGAGGAAAAGGAGGAUACAAGACAAGAGGAGACAGAAGGAGAGACGCCACACCAGCAGAGUUUGCAGCGGGAUAAAGGAUCGUAGACGUGAAGAACCCUCAUUCAGAGCUCACUGUGAAAGAGACACACACACACACUCACACACACUUAAUACAGUUGUUUACUCCUCGCCACUCUCCAGAGGAUCUCCCUGAAGUGUGUGAGUGUGAAGUGGGAGGGUGUGUGUUUGUGUAUGUGUUGAUGAGUGUGUGGGUGUCUUGUGACACUUUUCAUGGGACAUUGAGAGAUGUGUGUGUCACAGCGUCGGUGGACGGGCUAUAGGGGGCCGGUCUCCCCCGCCCUCAUCCUCCUCCUCCUCCCCCUGUCCUUCCUCUCCUCCACGCCUCCCCUCGCUCAGGGAGCCAUCAUCAUCCCCGAAAACUAUAAAGUGCAUAACAUUUCAGAGCCUCCCGUGCUGAUAUAUCUGCCAGAAUCGCAUACAGCCUUUUCUCACGAAGACAUCUAUCUGCCCUGUGAGGCCUCCGGUAACCCAACUCCCACUUUCCGCUGGGUGAAAGACGGCGAGGCGUUCGGGUCGGAGCGUCACACGUCCGGGACGUUGCAAGCCGAAGAUGAAGAGCCACUCGAUUCGUACGAAGGCUACUAUCGCUGCUAUGCCUCAAACACUCUAGGAACCGCCAUGACACAAGCCGUACAUCUCAUCGUGGAGGCUCAACCAGUUCUUCUAAAACAGCAAAGGGUCCAUAAGAAAGCAAACGAGGGAGAAAACAUGAUCCUGGCCUGCAACCCUCCACAGAGCUCCACACCCCCGCACAUCCACUGGAUGGACAAGAGGAUGGUGCACAUCAAGCUGAACGACAGAGUGAUGGUCGGCCUGGACGGCAACUUGUACUUUUCUAAUCUUCUUAAGACAGACAGCAGGAACGACUACAUCUGCAACGCCCAGUACACUUCAGCCAGGACGGUCCUCCCUAACACCGCUGUCACCCUCACUGUCAUGCAGAGUAAUGAAGUUGUUCAUGGCAGGAAGCCUCACCUCUUCAGUCCCUUAGGCUCCCACAGCUCUGUGCAGGCCCUCAGGGGCCACACCGUCGUCCUUGAAUGUCUCCCCAGUGGCCUACCCACUCCGAAGGUGGAGUGGAAGAAGAAGGACGGCAGAAUGGAGGAAACCAGCGGCAGAGUGGAUUCAGAUUCCCACGGCCGCUGGUUUCGCUUCGCCAGCAUCGAGCAGAACGAUGACGGGGAGUACGAGUGCAGGGCUUUCAACACACACGGCUCCAUCUCACACUCCUUCUCCCUCACUGUGGAAGCCCCUCCGUACUGGGUGAAAGAGCCUCAGAGUCUGCGUUACGCUCCGGGGGAAACCGUGCGUCUGGAGUGUCAGGCUGAAGGCAUCCCGACCCCGCUUAUCACCUGGAGCAUCAACGGGGAGCUGCUCUCAGACGUAGAUGAUGACCCUCGUCGCAGUGUAUUCGGUGGUGUGAUAAUACUGAGGGACGUGGUGUUUGCGGACACCGCCGUGUAUCAGUGUGAGGCCUCCAACAAACACGCCUCCAUCCUCCUCAACACCUACCUCUAUGUUGUGGAGCUCCCGCCUCAGAUCCUGACCUCUGAUGGAAAGGUGUACAAAUUCACGGAGGGUGAAGACGGCAUGAUGGACUGUCAGUCCUUCGGCUCGCCACGACCACACAUCACAUGGGAGGGGGAGGACAGGCAUCCUCUGCUGUCGGACCCUCGUGUCGCUCUGCUCACCAACGGCUCCAUCAUUCUGUCCAGCGUGAACCACGAGGACCGUGGAGAGUACAGCUGCUCCAUCAAACACAGCAACAUCUCCAUCACUGCGCACCUGGAGAUCUACAAUCAAACGGUGAUCCUGAACGGGCCGCAGGAUGUGCGUGUGCUCAGAGGAAGCAGCGCUCUGCUGGACUGUGUCUUCGAGAAAGACCCUCGCCUCGUGAAGUACCAGAUCGUCUGGAAGAAGGCCGAACAGAAAAUGCAGGAAUCGUCUCCAGAUGACAAGCACACGAUCUUUGGUAACGGAACCCUGAAAGUGACCAACAUCCAAUCAGACGACAGCGCUCGUUAUUCCUGUGAGGUCAUCACUACGCUGGGAAGUGUAACAGCCAGCGGCUCCAUCACUGUCGUAGCUCGGCCGGACCCUCCUGAAGAUCUGUCUCUGUCUGAUGUCGCCGACCACAGCCUUACACUCAGCUGGGUCUCAGGAAACACACACAACAGUCCCAUCAUAGAGUUCAUCGUGGAGGCGCGGGAGGAGCAGCACUCGGAGGAGGGGAGGUGGAAGUGGGAGGAGUGGAAGAGAGUGCCGGGGGAGUUCAACCACCUGGAGCUGACCCUCCACCCGUACUGCACCUACCGCUUCAGGGUCAUCGCCAUCAAUGAGAUCGGCCACAGCGACCCCAGCCACCCCUCGGACCACCAGAACACCCCCCCCGCUGUUCCUGACAGGAACCCCACAGGUGUGCGCAGCGAUUCCACUGACCAAAAGACUCUGACCAUCACCUGGGACGAGAUGGACAAGCGCUUCCAUUACGGCGAGGGAUUCAAGUACCACGUGUCGUGGCGCGAGGCGGGCAGGAGCGACGCUCAGUGGAACCAUGCGGACGUACCGUCACCCCCAUACGUCAUCAACAACACGGGGACCUACACACCGUUUGAGAUCAAAGUCCAGGCUGUCAACGGCCUGGGGGGGGCACCGAUACCGGAGCCGGAGAUCGGAUACUCCGGAGAGGAAGAGCCGGAGGAAGCCCCCACUGGCAUCUCCACGGCAGUGAUGGACAGCACGGUCAGAGUCUCCUGGGAGGAAGCCAAAAAUGUGCGAGGUCUGCUGCUGGGAUACAAGAUCUACAUCCAGAGGUUGGGUCCGCAGGGCGGUCGGGGCCGCAGGUCUCUCGGGAAACUGCACCAGGAUAGAGAUGAGAAGCUGGAGCGAGCGAGGGAGAGAGACAGGGGGAGUCAGGAGGUGAUGGUCCACGGCAUGAAGACCUCGGAGGAAGUGACGGGGCUGCGGCUUUACUCCCGCUAUGAACUGUCCGUCACGGCCUUCAACAGCAAAGGGGAGGGGCCUCGCUCCUCCCUGCACCUGUUCAGCACCCCGGAGGGAGCGCCUGGUCCUCCGGCAUCAUUAAGGUUGGAGAGUCCUUCAGAGAAAUCCAUGAUCCUCUACUGGAGCCCUCCAGAAGAAACCAACGGCGUCCUGAUGGGAUACAAGGUGCAUUAUCAGCAGGACCUGGAGAACAGCAAGAUGCAGAUAAUGGACAUCCUCGACCCGGCUGUGACCCACAUAGAGUUGACCUCUCUGGACCCGAGCAGCCACUACAUCUUCAAAGUGAUCGCUUUCACCAUUAAAGACGGACCCCCCAUCACCCGGAGGGGCGCCACCAUGCUGGACGGAGUCCCUCCAUCACUCAUCAACAUCGUGUCUAACAGCACGUCACUCAACCUGAGCUGGGUGCCCGGAGAGAGAAACAAGAACCACGGCUUCACCAUCCGAUACCUCAGGAAGAGCCCCGGCUAUGAUUGGUUGGACUCAGAGGUGGUGAACUCCACGCAGGGUUUCUAUUUGCUGACAGGCCUCCACCCGGGAUCCCAGUACCACCUCAUGAUCCGGCACGGGAACGACACUCAGUGGGAGAACGUGACAUCGACCUUAGGAGCAGUGCCGUCGGAGAUGCCCGGUGGGUUCGCCGCCCGGGGUUGGUUGAUCGGACUCAUCGCUGCCAUCUUGCUGCUGGUUCUGAUCCUGCUCAUCCUCUGCCUCAUCAAGCGCAGCAAGGGAGGAAAAUACGCAGUGAAAGACAAAGAGGACAAGGAGGUGGACUCUGAAGCUCGGCCAAUGAAAGACGAGACGUUCGGAGAGUACAGCGAUGUGGAUGAGAAGCGCUCCGGCAGCCAGCCCUCACUGUGCGGGGAGAGCAAGCUGGGCAGCGAUGACUCCCUGGCUGAGUACGGAGACAGCGUGGACAUCCAGUUCAACGAGGACGGCUCCUUCAUCGGCCAGUACAGCAACCGGGGGCCCGCCCCCCCCGGCCACGAGAGCUCCGGGCCCGCCUCCCCCGUCAACGCCGUCCCGCCUCCCCCCAUCGCUCCCUCCAUGUCGACCAUCCUCAACCGGCCCAGCUAGACACACACACACACACACACACACACACUGCGAAACACAAAGGGACAGACCACUCCUGACUCCACUGCCUGUAAUGUUAAAGUGCAAAAACACGCACACGCACACACACACACACACACACACACACACACGCACACACAC